AUGAACGAGCUGCUCUCUGACAGAAAUACAUACGAAAUCAUUAAAAAAGAUCCCACAAAAAAACUAACUGGCGAGGUGCGUACUCUACUGUCGAAUUGGAAGAACAAAGAAUACAUAGAUCACAAAACAUACAGGGAAUUAUUGAACACGGAUGGGUCGAUUCCAAGGGCUUAUGGGUUGCCAAAAAUUCACAAAACCGGCUAUCCUUUACGCAUAAUAGUUUCUUCGAUAAAUAGCCCGUUAUACAACUUAGCUCAGUUUUUACAUCUGACCAUAAAAAACAGCAUCCCGGAAGCGGACAGUCACGUCACCAGCAGUUUUCAAUUAGUUAAUAAACUAAAAGGAAUCUGUUUGGAUCCAAAUGAAAAAUUUGCCUCAUUGGAUGUGGUAUCACUCUUCACAAAUGUGCCCACGGACUUGGCUGUUAAAUGCAUUUCGGACAACUGGGAGGUGAUGAUAUCAUCUGAGCCGAAUAAAUUGUCACCUCUAGAAGAACGAUACGGCAUACAUGUUUCUCCCGAACAGUUUCCAAUCGAGUCGAGUUUAGAGAUGAUUCACAAUGAAUGGUUCGUCAAUCUCAGCAAUAUUACUUUUCCGCCUGAGGUCCAACUGCUGUUACAAUUAGGAGAGAAGUUCGGCUUACCUCUCACUAACAUCAGAUGGCGAUGCCUCAUGGCAUCGAAGUAUGACGACCGGUUUUUGUCAAUCCUGGCGAGGUCGAGGACGCCUCCGAGGGAGGAGGGCCUACAGGCGAGCCCGCGUGAGGCGGUCUGGAGCCCGCGGGAGCAUGGUUCGAGGAGCCCGCAGGUACCACAAAGGGAGGAGGCACCUCUUAGGAUAAUAGUAGAUGUGGCCACCGGGAGGAAGACGGUUGCCUUCUACAAUUAA